ACUGCAUGCACCUUGCCCUGCCUGGAUUUCUAACGUGAGCUUCCUGUUUAGCCUGAGAUGUUGAGAGGGUUGGAGACCGGGCCAUGGCAACCUGAAGCCUUUCCAUCCUUCCCCUGGCUGUUCUCGCUCAGGCCAGAGGCUCUCUGUUCAAACAUUCUUUUGGAGCAGAACAAUCUUCCAAGCAACUUCCAAGCAAUGAGAAGAGGACAAAGAUACUCAGAGAGAAAAAGUAAAGGAUCGAAGAAGGAGACUGGAGAGACCAGGAUCCUUCCAGCUGAACAAAGUCAGCCGCAAAGCAGACUAGCCAGCCGGCUACAAUUGGAGUCAGAGUCCCAAAGACAUGGGCUUGUUAGAGUGCUGUGCAAGAUGUCUCGUAGGGGCCCCCUUUGCUUCCCUGGUGGCCACUGGAUUGUGUUUCUUUGGGGUGGCACUGUUCUGUGGCUGUGGACAUGAAGCACUCACUGGCACAGAAAAGCUAAUUGAGACCUAUUUCUCCAAAAACUACCAGGACUAUGAGUAUCUCAUCAAUGUGAUCCAUGCCUUCCAGUAUGUCAUCUAUGGAACUGCCUCUUUCUUCUUCCUUUAUGGGGCCCUCCUGCUGGCUGAGGGCUUCUACACCACCGGCGCAGUCAGGCAGAUCUUUGGCGACUACAAGACCACCAUCUGCGGCAAGGGCCUGAGCGCAACGGUAACAGGGGGCCAGAAGGGGAGGGGUUCCAGAGGCCAACAUCAAGCUCAUUCUUUGGAGCGGGUGUGUCAUUGUUUGGGAAAAUGGCUAGGACAUCCCGACAAGUUUGUGGGCAUCACCUAUGCCCUGACCAUUGUGUGGCUCCUGGUGUUUGCCUGCUCUGCUGUGCCUGUGUACAUUUACUUCAACACCUGGACCACCUGCCAGUCUAUUGCCUUCCCCAGCAAGACCUCUGCCAGUAUAGGCAGUCUCUGUGCUGAUGCCAGAAUGUAUGGUGUUCUCCCAUGGAAUGCUUUCCCUGGCAAGGUGUGUGGCUCCAACCUUCUGUCCAUCUGCAAAACAGCUGAGUUCCAAAUGACCUUCCACCUGUUUAUUGCUGCGUUUGUGGGGGCUGCAGCCACACUGGUUUCCCUGCUCACUUUCAUGAUCGCUGCCACUUACAACUUUGCCGUCCUCAAACUCAUGGGCCGAGGCACCAAGUUCUGAUCUCCUGUAGAAACUUCCCUUUCUCUAAUAGCGAGGCUCUAACCACACAGCCUACGAUGCUGCGUCUCCCAUGUUAACUCUUUGCCUUUGCCACUGACUGGCCCUCUUCUUACUUGAUGAGUGUAACAAGAAAGGAGAGUCUUGUGGUGAUUAAUGUCUCUCUGUGGACUCUCCCCUCUUACAUACCUCUUUUAGUCAUUUUGCUUCACAGCUGGUUCCUGCUAGAAAUGGGAAAUGCUUAAGAUGGUGACUCCUCAACUGCAAGUCACAAAGAAAUGGAGGCUCAAAUUCAAUUGUCAAGCAUCUCCUGAGGACCAGGAAGUGUUUUCUUCUCAAAAGGCACUUCCGCUGAUGGAAACAAAGUGGAAAGAAAAAUGCUCAGGUAGAGAGAAGGGAUGUACCUGGUCCCCUCACCAUCUAUAGGGUAGGGGCCAAAUAUAUUCUCCUUGGUGUACAAAACAGAGAACUUACUCCUGUCUCCCUAUUACCACUGAAGAUAGAAGAAAAAAAAAGAAUGCCAGCAAUACAAUAAGAGCAUUUGCCCAAAUCUACCUAUUGCAGCUGGGAGAAGGGGGUCAAAGCAAGGAUCUUUCACCCAUAGAAAGAGAGCACUGACCCCAAUGGCAAUGGACUAUUUAAGCCCUAACUCAGCCAACCUUACUUACAGCAUAAGGGAGCGUAGUAUCUGUGUAGACAAAGGGGGCACCUGGCCUUACACCUCGUUAGAGAAGAGAAACAGGGUGUUGUCAGCAUCUUCUCACUCCCUUCUCCUGAUAACAGCUACCAUGACAACCCUGUGGUUUCCUAGGAGCUGAGACUAGAGAGAAACUAGCUCAUACAAAAAAAGACUGGCCUAAAGAACAGCAGUCGCUAGUGGCUAAUGGUGUAAACUGAGCCAGCCCUCUGGUAAACACAGGAUAGAUAACUCUUUGGAUAGCAUGUCUUUUUUCUGUUAAUUAGUUGUAUACUCUGGCCUCUGUCAUAUCUUCACAAUGGUGCUCUUUUCAUGGGGUGUUAUCCAUUCAGUCAUAGUAGGUGUUAUGAAGAUCUUGAUUUGUUUCAGAAUGAUGCGCAUUUCACAUUUUCCAGUUUAUCACUUGUUUGGGGUUGUGCCAGAAAGGUCUGGAGAAUGAUUUUUUGAUUAUGAUUCUUUAGCAAAUGAAAAUUGGACAUUUCACAUCACAAAUGAUAUUUAAAAUUGGCUAGUUCCAUGCAUCUAUUGGGAUUUUCUACAAAUUAUUCUGCCCUUUGCAGAAACAGAUCUGGUGAAUUUGAACCUCAAUUUGAAUAAACUAUUUGACCGUUUUUUCUAGCUGGUGGGAGAUGAUUUGAUUCAGCAAUAUUGCUUUGGCGAGUUAAAGAGUCAGGUUUAAUGUACAGUUUAUUCUCUGCUUUUAUAGACCACAUAACCAAUGCACCAGCCGUCAGCUAUUCAGUUGGUAAGCUUCCACGGAAAAGGAAAGGUGGAAAGAGUUUGAUACCUGAGUAGCUCCCAGGUUUUAGUCUUCUCUUUCUGAGUUUGUUAACUUUGGGUUAAAAAAAUAAAAGGCUGGUUGGUCUUUAUUGAAGAAAGGAUUCUACGGGUAUGGCUGUAGGUGGCUCUUGUGUUGUAAAGAGGUGUUUUGUAUUGUCCCCCAAAGAGGUUUCAGCAAUGUUUAAGAAGACGUAAGAGCUUUAACAAAGACAUGAUAUUUGUUUUCAGACCAGUAUACAAGAUAAGCUUCCAGGCUGCAUAGAGGGAGCAGAUGGAAAAGGUUCUAUAAGAAACCAAUCAAGAUCACGGAAAGUGAAGUAAUCCAUACUUCGUGUUUUGUUUUGAUUUAAUAACAUAACAAAUAACCAAUCCUUCCCUGAACCGCCCUCGCAUACACACACAUGUACACACAGAGUUAAUCAACUGCAAGUGUUUCCUUCAUUUCUGAUGUAGAAUUUCAAUUUUAACACACAUAAAGGACAAACUUUUAGAAGCUUAUCUUACAAAAUGUAUUUUAUAAAAUUAAAGAAAAUAAAAUUAAGAAUGUUCUC